ACCAUCAAUUGACAUCCAAACUAUGGCUCUGUUCAAGUGCAUGUGUGUCUUCUUAGUCUCGCUUCUGCUCACCCUCACCUUCACCAACGCCCAGGGUGGAGCUUCACAGCGGACGCUCCCGCCAUUUCCCUGCAUCCCAGGCCAGCAACGACCCCCAUGGCUGCCACCCUGUCCGCCGCCGCCAGCUGAGUGCUACACAUCCCUAUCAGGGCUGAAGCCAUGCGUGGACUUCCUCACCCACACCGGGGUGCCACCGGCGCCACCCACGAGCGCCUGCUGCGACGGUCUCAGGUCGCUCGUCACUGACGCGCCCAUCUGCCUGUGUCACGUCGUCAACGGUGACAUCAACGAGCUUCUGCCGACGCCCAUGGUACCCGUGCGCAUGGUGGCGCUCCCCCGCUUGUGUGCUGUCCCCUUCCCACGUGCCACGCUCCGCCAGUGCAUCAGAGGGCAUGUGCCACCUAUGACCCCACCUCCACCAGAAGCAUCACCGCCGGAAUCACCAUCGACUCUACCAGCAUCAUCAUCGUCAACUCUGUCAGCAGCAUCACCACCGACACCACCAGCAUCAUCACCGUCGUCGACUAACUCCACCAGCGACAUCACCGCUAGAGUCACCGCCAACUCCACCAACAACAUCGCCACCGGAACCGCCGUCGACUCAACCACCGGAGUCACCAUUGACUCCACCGCCGACACUAGUGACGGCGCCACCGGAAUCACCGUCAAAUCCAUCGUCGACGACAGUAGCUAUGCCACCGGCGACUCCAUCCCCAUCAUCUUAAUCACGACACAUAUUUUAAAAGUAGUAGUACAGUCUAGUAAAAAUAGAUAUGCAUUUUAGGAUUUUAGCUGAUAGGCGUUAUUGUUCCGUUCGCAUCGUAUGCAGCAGUGUGUUAGCUAUAAUUAGUUGUAUACCUAUUAUUACUAAGUUUUUUUUAGAAGUAUCUGUAAUAAUAUUUAAGAUCUUUCUCAUCCAUAAAAUAUAUACAAGGACAUCACUGAUGUAUUAUUUUA